GGGAUGGCUCUGCAACGAUGAUCUUAGAUGAUCUAAACCAGACGUAUAAAUUGUAGCCGAGUGGCCCACUGUGUCUGCUAGUCUCUUUAUAGAUACACCACGGCCGUAGCACGAGUGCCAGGCGGAUUUCGUCGUUGCUCUCACAGUGAUAUGGCGCAGAAGGGCCGGGCCGCUCACGACCGCUGUGCAAACGAUGGUGUUGCACAGCACCUCGACGCUGGUAACACGUUAUGUGCCGUGGGGUUAGUGUGGGGUUAUGUGCUGAGAGGUGUCUCACUGUUCACAUGGGUGACUUUGUUGGCAGUUGUACGCAGAGGAGACGGCAUAAUAUACCAGUAGAAUAGACCAGCCAUUCGGCAGGACAGAAUUGAACCUAUCUCUAUACCUAAAAGGGUGGGAGAACACGUAUUGAUUGAUGUAUGCCCAGGCUCAAUGGCGUUAAACCUAAAACGCUGUGCUGAGGACAAAAGCGAGGCACGUGAGUGGUACUAUUGCACUUCCCCUAAACGAGGUUUAUGGCAGUGGGCGUAGUCGUGUGACAAGAGCCCUGUCCCAUUGCGUGAAGAAUAGGACCGCCGCGGCAAUUUGCUGGCGAACGUGCGACUGCACUAGUCUGCUAAAGCGCUGCGGUACAGCGCAUCCCGAACGGACUGUUACUUC